UUGAAAUAUUACCUCCACUGAAGCAUUACUCACCCAACCUCCACAGCACCCCCACCUCCGUCCCACCCUCCUUAACUUCCCUCCUUCUUCCCUCGAUAUAAACUCAGCACCCAACAACAGUUGGCUCAGUGUGAAGAGCCUUACAUAUGGUAAAGGGGGGUGAAGAAAAGAGGCGAGAGCAGCUGGAAAACUCAGUGACAAACACACCUGAUGUUAGCAGAUACUUUUGUGGUAUUUCUCACAUUCAGAGCUUCAUCAUGCACGUGUUCAGGAUCUGGCUGUGUGUGCUUGGCUUCAUGGGUGCAUCCUUGUGUGUGAAUGAGAUUGAAUAUGAAGGGAACUACGCAGACAACUAUGACAACGAGAUCUCUCAGGACCAGCAGGGGGGGGAAGCUCCAACCACACCAUGUCAGGCUGCAGAUUUCUCCCGUUGGGACAAGCUUUUCAUCGCUCUGGAGGACUCCCACAUGAGGCAGAACAUGCUGCUGGAGUCCCUGGAGAAGUGUUGUGGAGGAAUGGUCUCUCUCAGGACACAAGUGGACAAGCUAGCUAAGGGGACAAGCCAGCAGUGUGUGCCCGGCCUGGAGUCAACAUGCAGGGCACAAGCAGAGCAGGCGAGAGUCAUUCUGCAGCAAGGUUUGGUGGAGCUCAGGAAGGAGGAAGCAGAGAGGGAGAGGAGCUUGAACGCUACCUUGCAGCAGCUCCUGCACAGUAGCCAUGAGGGGAACGCCCGACUGAAACGGCUGGAGGAAGGUAGAGGACACAUACUGGUGCCACUGGGAGCAGCAGACAGCGGGAUGGGACACCAACCGACGCAGAGACCAGGUGGUUUAGGGGCAGCAUUCGGCUCAAGUAUGAAGCCAUUCCCAUCUGUCCUGAAAGAGCAGGAAGUGACUUCACCACUAGACAUGGCCACAAUGGAAAGGGCCCUGGUUUCCAUAGCAACAGAGCUGCAGAAGGUUCACCUGCAGCUGAGCAGAGUGAUAGAGCAGGCAGGAACACUGAGGAAGGCCAGGGGAGACACAUGAACGAUUCAUGUGGGCAGAGAGAUUGACUGAGAACACUCCAGCAAUAAUGAUUUUGCACAUAUUCAUUUUUAAAUGUUAUUUUUAAAGGGCCAUUUUCUUAAAAUAUGUGAGCUUGUUUAUUUCUGGUGGCAAUUAAGUUAGGUGUACCAUAAAUGUUGUGGGUUUACUAUAAUGAAUAAAAACUUAUUAACAUCCCAA